CUCGUGGUUUUAAGGUAUCCGCAAUACAGGGCCCCGUUCGGCGCAGUCACUCCAUGUACGCUACACAUAUGCGCGGUUCAGGUGUAUUCGGAGUUUAAUAUGGGCCCCCAGUAUAUAAUGGGAACAGUUAUACCCUGCAGAGAGCCUUCCAGCUGCUUUCCUAGUCGUUUCCCGAUGAACAAUGGACACUAUCUUGCCGUUGUGCUCUCCCUCAUCAGGCCACGAACCGUUGGUCAGUGCGAGCGCAGACGAUGCAAACUAAAAGCCCCUUUGGGAGGCACAGCUUCUUGCUUGCUGCUUCUGGAAAAGCAUGUGAUUCCAGCUUGCGUCUUCCUAGGAACUGAUCAAGGUUUUAUUCGGCGUAGCCAACGCUUGAACGUUCUGAUCCUGAUCCCGGGGUGCACAGCACGAGCAUCCCGCUACGAUAUUCAAACUACACCUAUCGCCAGCUGGAACGUUGCAAGAACACUCGCAGCACAUCCCAGCGACUAUCAAACCCCAGCGCCACAGUCGCGCAGCAUGGCAAACCCCUAUCGAAUCUACAGCGCCGCCACCCGCCUACGGCCUACGGUUUUGUUUCAGUGGAUACGGCUCCACGCAUGGCAAUCCUCGAUACUGUCUGUGUUGUCGACUUAUCUCAAGGCCGAUACUUUCUUUUCCCCCACGGCCACAUCACAUCUCAUUUCACGAGCGACCAGUGAUCUUUCAUAA